AUGGCGGGUGGCGGCCCAAAUGAAGAUCACCUGAAUUGGUGGACUUCACUGUUACAAAAUCAGACCUUAUCUCCUCUGACGAGGGAUUAUCCUGAGGCAACAUCAGGAAAUGUGCACGAUUGGGCCGUCGGUGCUGUCGAAGCCUUGUCGGCUCCAGCCAGCACUACCGAAGCAUUGAAGAAGUUGGGGAGCUUAGGACCUACAGUUACGCUACUGCAGACAGCCCUCGUUGUUCUUGUGAGCAGACUGACAGGCGAUGAGGACAUCAGCAUCGGUAUCAACUCAGUGGAGAAUGGGCCGGCUUUCGUUUUGAGGACGUCGGUAACUCCCACGGAGCCGUUCUCGCAAUUGUACACGAGAAUAAGCGAUAUCUCAAAUGAAGCUGUUGAAAGACCCGUCCCACUUGAUACUCUCAAGUCUCGAUUGACAACAUCAACGUUAUUUCGGUUUGCUAUUCUUAAUACCACGGAAGACAAGGCCAACCCUGUGGCGGAUAUGAAAACGACAGAUUUCGUCCUCAACUAUCGACUUUCUGCUGCCGGGGAGCUUUUCUUGACUGCCAGAUACAACCAACUUCUGGUUUCGAGUAGCAGAAUAAAGGGGCUUCUGGCGCAGUUCACCCAACUCCUCGAAAACUCUGCUGAGGACCUCAACGCGCCUAUUGGUGGCAUUGUUUUCGCGACGCCCGACGAGAAGAAAUUCCUCCCAGAUCCGACAAACGACCUCGAGUGGUCUUCAUUCCGCGGUGCUAUCCACGACAUCUUCUCUGCAAAUGCUGAAGCUCACCCUGAUCGCACUUGCGUAGUAGAGACCGCGUCCGACGACGGACCCGAAAGAAGAUUCACCUAUCAACAAAUACACGAGGCCUCCAAUAUCUUGGCUCACCACCUCGUCAAUGCCGGCCUAGAAAGGGGUGAGGUUGUCAUGAUAUAUUCGUACCGUGGAGUUGAUCUCGUCGUUGCGGUAAUGGGAACCUUGAAAGCUGGAGGGACCUUUUCCGUUCUGGACCCCGCUUACCCUCCAGAUCGACAAAAUAUCUACCUUGAUGUUUCAAGACCACGAGCGCUCGUUGUUAUAGACAAGGCUACUCAGGAUGCCGGGGAACUUUCAGAGAAGGUGAGAGGGUUUAUCAAGGACAACUUAGACCUCAGAACAGAAGUGCCAGCCUUACGAUUGCAAGAUGAUGGUUUUCUGCAGGGCGGAGAGGCGAACAACAAGGACGUGUUCGACUCAAUCCGAGAUAAGAGAGCUAAGGGCCCUAGUGUUGUUGUUGGACCGGAUUCUAUACCUACGUUGUCAUUCACUUCGGGUAGUGAAGGCCGGCCAAAGGGUGUCCGAGGCCGUCAUUACUCACUGGCAUUCUAUUUCGACUGGAUGGCAAAGACGUUCAAUCUCUCUGAGAAGGACAAAUUUACGAUGCUUAGCGGUAUCGCUCACGACCCCAUCCAACGAGACAUGUUCACUCCGCUGUUCUUAGGCGCACAGCUUCUUGUCCCAUCCAAGAACGAUAUUCAGAACGAGCGCCUGGCAGAGUGGAUGCAGAAAUAUGGUGCCACGGUGACUCACCUGACACCAGCUAUGGGACAGAUUCUUGUCGGUGGUGCGACUGCACAUUUCGACAAAUUGCACCAUGCCUUUUUCGUCGGUGACAUUCUUAUCAAAAGAGAUUGCAGAUCCCUCCAAGACCUGGCCCCUAAUGUGCGUAUUGUAAACAUGUACGGCACAACGGAAACUCAACGCGCGGUCAGCUACUAUGAGAUCCCAAGUCAGAACGAAAAUGGUGCUUUCCUGCUGAACAUGAAAGAUGUCAUUCCCGCCGGUCGUGGCAUGUAUAAUGUGCAGAUGCUUGUGGUUAAUCGGUUUGACCGCACCAAAGUAUGUGCCGUCGGAGAAAUUGGUGAGAUAUAUGUACGAGCGUCUGGCCUUGCUGAAGGAUACCUCGGUACACCGGAACUCACAAAGACCAAAUUCGUUGAGAAUUGGUUCCCCGGUCACGAAAGAGGACUCGAAUCGGACAAGGUUCGCUUUGAAGCCAAAUAUAAGAACGAGCCCUGGGCCAAUUAUUACUUCGGGCCUCGCGACCGCCUGUAUAGAAGUGGAGACCUUGGACGAUACACUCCGGAUGGCGACGUGGAAUGCUCUGGAAGAGCAGACGACCAGGUCAAGAUCCGGGGUUUCCGUAUAGAACUGGGUGAGAUCGACACACAUCUCUCGCAACAUCCCCUGAUACGGGAGAACGUCACGCUCGUACGAAGAGAUAAGUUUGAGGAACAGACGUUAGUCAGCUACGUUGUACCUCAACUCCAGGCCUGGAGACAGUUCUUGACCCAAAAGGGCAAAGAAGAUGAACAGGACGAUAACUCUCUGGUCAGCAGAUUCCAACGUUUCAGAUUACUCCAACAAGAGGUGCAGGAGUAUCUCCGAACCAAAUUGCCGGCAUAUGCUGUCCCUUCAAUCAUCGUUCCCAUGAGAGCGAUGCCACUUAAUCCCAACGGCAAAAUUGACAAACCCAAGCUUCCAUUCCCAGACACGGCAAUGCUAUCAGCCAGCAGACGCCGCAAAUCAUCCACCCUUCAGCAGCUCACCGAAGGCGAAUUUUCUCUCGCACAAAUAUGGGCUAAGCUCGUUCCUGGACUUAUCCCCAAGACCAUUAAACCUACAGAAUCGUUCUUUGAGAUCGGUGGCGAGAGUAUGAAGGCUCAACAGUUGGCAUACCACGUACGGCGUAGCCUCGGUGUGGAUCUUGCAAUCAGCAAGAUCUAUAACCGGCCCCACCUGAAGGAAAUGGCUGCCAUCAUUGAUCAGAUGAGAUCAGCUGAUUCUCUGGAAGGUCGGCUGGAUGAGGACACGGAUGGAAACCAAAGCAAUGGUGUCAAAGCUGAAGAUUUUUAUUCAGCAGAUGCGUUGAAGAUGGUCGAACAGCUUCCGACAUCCUUCUCGACAGUCUCUUCGACGAACCCUCCCUCAGAACCGGUGGUCUUCCUGACAGGUGCUACAGGAUUUUUGGGAUCAUUCAUUCUAAAGGACCUCCUUGACCGUCAAAAUCCUACGGUGAAGAAGGUCAUUGCGUUGGUGCGCGCAAAGGAUGCAACCGCCGGUCUUGAACGCAUACGAGGCACGUGUCAAGCUUACGGUGUCUGGAAUGACUCCUGGAAGUCACGAAUCCAAUGUGUCGCAGGAAAUCUCGGUCCGGCCAAGUUUGGCUUGUCGGAUGAUGCCGAAUACCAAAACAUCGUCCAAGAAACUGACGUCGUCAUCCACAACGGUGCUCAAGUUCACUGGAUUAAUACGUAUGAAAUGCUCAAGCCACCCAACGUGCUGGGUACCAUUGAGGCGGUGAAGCUUUGCGCAGAGGGUAAACCCAAGCUGUUUGCUUUUGUUUCGUCCACGAGCGUGCUGGACCACGAACACUUCGUCGCCGAGAGCGAGCGGAUCAUCGCCGCUGGCGGUGAAGGUAUCAGCGAAGCAGACGACUUGACGGGUAGCAGCAAGGGUCUCGGAACCGGCUACGGACAGUCCAAAUGGGCUUCGGAAUAUCUGGUCAGAGAGGCCGGACGGAGAGGCCUACGUGGUUCCAUCAUUAGAAGUGGAUACGUGUUGGGGUCGUCCAAAUCUGGAACCACAAACACUGACGAUUUCCUGAUACGUAUGUUGAAGGGUUGUGUUCAAUUGGGUACGAGGCCCAACAUCAACAAUACGGUCAACAUGGUCCCUGUCGAUCACGUGGCGAGAACAGUGGUCGCAACGGCUUUCUUUCCUGCCUCCCCUCAAGGAGUCAGUGUCGCUCACAUUACAGGUCAUCCUCGUCUUCGAUUUGUAAGUUAUGUUUUCGUUUUGUCUUUUUUGACCGUGGAUGAUUGAUCAUUUAGCUCUUAAUAACCGGCGGUGGGAUUGUUUCGGGCUGCGAGAGAGAGAGAGCUCUUGCUGACACUUUUUUCUUUUUGCAGAACCAAUAUCUUGCCGUCCUUCAGACUUACGGUUACAAAGCCGAACUCACCGAUUACAUCCCUUGGGCAUCUUCACUCGAAAAUUACGUGAGCAACAAUACCGAUUUUGCACUCAUGCCACUGUUUACUUUCGUCGCCAACGAUCUACCAUCAAACACCCGAGCACCUGAACUCGACGACAGCAAUGCCGAGAAAUCUCUUUAUGCGGAUGCCUCCAAGUGGACGGGAGAAGAUGUCAGUGCCGGUGCAGGUGUUACCAAAACUGAAAUUGGCAAGUACCUUGCAUAUCUCGUCGAGAUUGGUUUCCUUCCACCACCGACGAACGUGACCAGCGGUGACGUGAAGCGAUUGCCGCAGAUCAAAAUCGGUCCUGAACAAAGGGCGGCUCUGGCCAGUGUCGGUGGUAGGGGAGGGUUGAGUUGAACACCUAUAGUAUUGCACUUGACGAGUGAUCGUUAUGUACAUGUGUCGGUGAGGGAAUUGGAAUUUAGAAAACAAAGCUCAGGAUUACACCAAGUUGAUACUAUUACUUGGGCCGAGAUCAAAAGUAGUGAAGGGGAUUCGGUGUGACAAAAAAAUCAAAAAUGG